AUGCGCUCCUUCCCCACCCUCGUCGCCACUCUCGCCGCCAGCGCCUCGUUCGCCUCGGCGUUCACCUACACGGUCGGCGUGGGCAAGAGCGAGGUGACGGGAGAGCCGGCGUACGCGGGCUUUGAUCCCUCGAGGGUCGUCAUCUCGGACCAGACGACGUCCAACACGAUCGACUUCCUCUUCCUCGGCGGCGUCCACCGCGUCGUCCAGGUCUCGCCCGACCAGCCGUGCGCCUACGCCGGUGGCUUCGACAGCGGCGUGCAGCGCGUCGCGGCAGGGACGCUCCAGGGCCAGGGCCCGAGCGCCGAGUACCAGAUCACCAACAACUCGGACACGCUCUACUUUGCCGACAUCGGCGAGGACAACUCGCCGUGCUACCUCGGCGCCAUCUUCUGCGUCAACUCGGACGAGACGUCCGAUACGGCCUGCCACUCGGUCAUCGACGCCGCCAAGGCCUUGGGCGUGCAGUACGGCGUAACCACGGCCCCCUCGACCGCCUCCUCGACGAGCGCCGGCGCCUCGUCCGCCUCGUCGGCGUCCGACUCGGCCGCCACAUCGGCCUCGACGACGUCGACAGCCUCGAGCAGUGCGGCGUCGAGCAACGGCGCGAGCUCGAGCCGCUCGCCGUCGGCGUCCGGCUCGGCGCCGGCCGCGAGCCAGUCGGCCGGUGGGUCGAGCGGCGCAGGCGCGCUCAAGGUCGCUGCGGGCGCCAUGGCGCUCGUUGGCGGUGCGGCGGCGCUUCUCGUCUGAGCGGGAGACGGUCGGCAUGGCUCGUCGGCGGCGGAGAUGGAGGAGGUCGUCUUCCGGUUCCCCGACCUCGGUCCCUUUCCUCUCCCACAGACACUCUCUCUCGACAUGUCUAGCUUAAUCUUCGACUCUCUCUCACAUAGUCUCUCGGUAACCUGCAUCGUCGUUUUCUCGUCG